ACUUGUAGACGUUAGUAUGUUAUUAAACAUUGAUUUAUAACUAAAACUGAUAAAUGCAUGUUGCCAAAGAAUAGUAGGAGAGCAUGCAUCUCUCACAAAAUCGUCGUGUCGUGUAGUGUCGGCCCCGUGAUCAUGCCACCCUUGCCCUUCUUGUGAGACCGAAACGAACAAAGGGAUUCGCUCGUUCACUGCAGGCCGCAGACGUAGACCGACUAGCAAGUUCUACAGUGCCCGACCAAAACAGAAGCCAUACUAGUGCCAUAACCAUAAUAAUUAUAGACAUUUAAUACGUAACGACAGUGCAAUAUUGCUUGACAGUGACUUAUUUUCUGUGAUAUAAACUUGCCAUAUACGUUUCAUUAACUAUGACAAGACGCAGCAUUGACAGCUCUUCCAGCCAUUCCUCACCAAUGCGAGAUGAUCAAGCAAUGAUCUCUCCUCCGCCUCGUCAAGUUUCGCCAUCAGAUAGAUCGUCCCAUCACGGAACACCAAGCUCACCAUCGAUGAUGAGUUCAAUGAGAACGGUUGAUGUUAUGGAUUUGAAGAAAGAAAUGGAAGAAGAAAGUGCCAUGGGGAGGAAUCCCUCUUAUACUCAGGUUAAGACAGAAGUCCUCUACGAAAAGGAAGAUGGGGACAUAUAUGCUCAAAAUAUCGAAGAUAAAUCUGAUACGCCCAUCGACUUAAUAUAUGAAGAUGGCAAUAAAACGGUUAUAUAUACCACCACACCCGAUCAGAAGGGUUUAGAAAUUUACUCGGCGGACAAUUCUGGAGAAAUCACGAUCAACAACAUCGCAGCGCAUCAGAUUCAGGCCAACCAACAUAUGAGGGACGUUUUAGUUGAUGAAAAUUCUGGUGCGAUGGUGAACUCUAAUGGGCAAGCAGUCGGAAGUGCACAGGGUACGGUUUCCGUGGUACUUCAAGGGAACGGGCAGGGACUUCUUCAAUAUCCACAUCAGGGCCAAAUUCCUGGCGCCACCGUUUUGGUCCUGUCGGAGCUUGUUGAAGAUGGGAAUGGGGUUCCUGUUGUUGGACUGGCCAGAAAACGUAAAGAUAUAACUGACUCGUCCUCACAAGGGGGCAACGUGGAUUUACCAGUGGUAGGCCCACGUGGUAUGGCCGAACUGCCUGAGGGGGCUACUCCUCCUGAAGACCAACAGACUUGGAGGGCUUACUACGAACAUCCGUUAACAGCAGCCACAACUGCCAUGCUCAAUAUAGGAGGAGGUGCUGAAGAUCAAGCUGCCACAAUGGGCUUGAUUUACGAAUACUACAAAUUGCCAUCUUUGCCCGCCGAUACUAAAGACAAAUUAGCAGAUCUCUGGCCUCCGAGUUCUCAAGCUGGCGGCAUCCUAACGUCGCAACUGAAAGCAACCAAUGGAUUAGUAAGCGGGGCGGGAUUAGAACUGACGACUCCGCCCCUGAACAGCGCCGGUCAAUUGAGUUCCCAAGAGUUUCAAGGUUUAUUUAUUAACCAACACGUUGGGUACGCACAGCCUACGGGCACGGGCGGACAAAAUUUGCAGAUCGUAAAACGAGAACCCGAAGACCUCAGCCAUCACCGGAAACUGGAGUGUAGCUCGCCGAGUUCCGGAAGCCUGGACGGAUCUAUAAUCAUUUCGAAGCAAUCCCGACCAAAGGUGGUGUUGGUUUCCUCGGGUGGGAACCACCCAACGGAUUUGGUAGUAGACGUGAACUCAAUCAAGGACGAGAGCCAUCGAGGCCUCAACUCUCCUCAAGACGGCUCCCGAUCGAUUAACGGCACUCCAACUUCGACUCACAGCAGCCUUUUGGCAGACGGAUCCAACACGGGGCCGAUUGAAUUUAUCUCCACGGAUGGACUCAAACCGGCGAUGUACACGACGCAGAUAUUCGCCUCUAUGAACAGUGCUGGCCAUAGUGGCAGUGGAACUCCAUCUCCUACUCCAUAUAGUGAUCACAUUCAAUACGGCCAAAGCACCAUGGGAGGCGGUCCAGUUGGAUCUGGAUCCGCUAUCUACUCCACUUCUUCCGGCAGGCCAACAAGCUCUGGUGCUUUCUCAGUAUCUGCUGAUCCGUAUUAUCGGGAAUAUUUUACAACAGUUGCAUCGGGCGGGGCAACUCCAGAGCCUGUAUACUCUAGUCAGCUCAGGCAGGGACAGUUGUCCUAUGGAGAAGAAGUAGCUAGUGGAGGUGCUACAGCGAGUUUCGUAGAACGUUACGUAAGACAAGCUCAGUAUCAUGGCAAAGGCGUUAUUGCUGCUGCGGGUCUUACCGUUGAUCUACCUAGUCCGGAUAGCGGAAUUGGGGCCGAUGCCAUCACACCUCGCGACCAGAAUACGCUGCAGCAGUCAUUCGACUACACAGAAUUGUGCCAGAAUAAUUCAUCCCUCCUGGACCCGCUCUCCUUAUCGCAAAGGAGCAAUGGCAGCUCACAAUCUCCAGGAGCGCACAGCACCAGGAGUAGACCUUGGCACGACUUUGGACGUCAAAACGACGCCGACAAGAUUCAAAUUCCAAAAUUAUUUUCACCCUAUGGCUUCAAAUAUCACCUGGAAUCGCCCAUUUCAACUUCACAAAGACGGGAGGAUGACAGGAUUACGUACAUUAACAAAGGGCAGUUUUAUGGAAUCACAUUGGAAUACAUUCCAGAUCCGGACAAGCAACUAAAAUCCCAAACUGUAAAGAGCAUUGUUAUGCUGAUGUUCAGAGAAGAGAAAAGCCCAGAAGACGAAAUAAAAGCUUGGCAGUUUUGGCACGGUCGACAACACUCGGUGAAACAACGAAUUUUGGACGCAGACACCAAAAAUAGCGUUGGACUAGCGGGAUGCAUUGAAGAAGUCGCUCAUAACGCUAUCGCGAUAUACUGGAACCCAAUGGAUAGCCCAGCGAAAAUUAACAUAGCUGUUCAAUGUCUGAGUACCGACUUCAGCAGCCAAAAGGGGGUUAAAGGAUUACCACUACACUUACAAAUCGACACAUACGAGGAUCCUAGAGACACCAAUCUAUUUCACCGCGGCUAUUGCCAAAUCAAAGUGUUCUGUGAUAAAGGAGCCGAACGAAAAACUCGAGACGAAGAAAGAAGAGCAGCAAAAAGAAAAAUGACCGCGACGGGCAGGAAAAAGCUUGAUGAACUGUAUCAUCCAGUAUGCGAGAGGUCUGAGUUUUACACCAUGAGUGAUCUUGCGAAACCGCCUGUCUUAUUUUCUCCCGCCGAAGAUAUCGAUAAACUGACAUCAAUGGAACUUCAAGGCUUUUAUACACAUGAUCCCGAUGGUUCUCUAUCGGGCCCAGUGGAUCAUGUGAAAGCAGGUUCGCCAUUCCUACUUCAUGCUGCUUCAAAACCACCUACGACCCCCACACUUAAAUUUCACAACCAUUUCCCACCGGACGCGGACAAAAAGGAAAACAUCUUGGAUGCCACCUUAACACAAGACGGUUCAGUUUUUUCUCCCCCCAUAAAAAGAACAAAACUUCUUAGCCAAGGGAGCGCUGGUCCCCCGCCUCUAAAUGAGCGUGUUAUGUUGUACGUGCGACAAGAAAACGAAGACAUUUACACCCCUCUGCAUGUGGUGCCACCAACAACACAAGGUCUACUAAAUGCUAUUGAGAAUAAGUACAAAAUUAGCGCUUCAAGUAUUAAUAACUUGUAUCGCAAAAACAAAAAAGGCAUUACGGCCAAGAUUGAUGAUGAUAUGGUCGCAUAUUACUGCAACGAAGAUUUAUUUUUACUCGAGCUCAAAGCAGUCGAUGAAGACUUAUACAACAUAACAUUUGUGGAACUCAUGGACCACUAAAUAUUACAAAACGCCAACUGAUAUUAUUUUUACGUUCUUAUCAUUAUAAUGUUUGUUGUGAUUUUUUAUGUUACGAGCAAUGUGCAGAACUUUAUUAUUAUAUUUGUUUAUAGUAGAAUGUUGAUUUUCUGAUUACUAUAUCGAUUUACAUAAUCAAAUUAAGUUAUUGUUAGCUAUUGUUUUUAUUUUUUUUAUUGAAACAAACAUUGAAUGUUAAAUUUUUACACUUUUUGAACAGUGGCAAUGAUUGUAUUAUUGUUUAAAGAAACUGCGUGUUAAUUUAAAGCGUAUUAUCUGACUUAAACAUGAUAUUCAGUUUCUUAUAAUUGUUUCGAAAAAUACUCCAAUUGUAUGAAUUGUUUGCUUGUGUAAAAAAUUCCUGAAAAAUCAUGAAACUGAGCAUUGUGGUUAAACUAAAAAAUAUUCGCGAUGUGUUUUGUAUACGUUUAGAAGAUUUAAAUUUCCAUGUUCAAGGGACUAAUCACAGAUCUCCAACUUGAAUUAAAACUUAGUACUUGCGACAUUUCUUUUAUGUUAUAUAUCUAAUUUAGUAAAUUUAAUUUAUUUAUCUAGUACUCUUGUUCCAUGGAUAUGUAUAGUGAUCUAGCACUCACUGUAGAUCGAUGAUUUGUUUUCACUAUACUCAAAUAUGUGAAUUUAUGUUAUAUUGUGCCAGCGUAAAAUCUGUGACUAGUCCACUUCAAAUAUUUUAUUGUAUUAAGUUAAUUAAUAUCAUGAUCGAUACAAUUUAAAUUAAGGUUUAGUAUCUACGAAUGGUGGCUGUAUUAAUAUGGUUGAAACGAACAACAAACGAUCACAACAUUAUAGUACCCACAAAAAUGUCAGGGACAAGUCUUGUUUAAUUUUACAAGCGUGGUUCAUAAAAUGCUUCUUACUAUGCCUUACGCAAUAUUUCCCCAUAAUAAUGCGUAGGGAGAUUUCUCAUUCAUGAACAAUACAUUGCUGUAUAUUUAAUUUACAGUUGGUCACCCAUAAAUGAUCUCAAAAUUAAGGUAUGGAUGUUUUACUGAUCUUAAUAUCACAGUUGAUACAGAACCUUCCAGUUCAAGUGUUUUGUGGGACAGAAAUUUUAAAAGAUAGAUGCAUUGUAUAUAGCUUAGGAGUUUAUUGAUUUGUAUAUAAUGCGUUAUGACGUAGAGAUAAACACUUUAAGUGUUGUGAUAAGAACUACUUACCCAUUGGAAAGAGAAAAAAAUGAAGAAUGUACACAAAGGUUACAUCUCAAAUGUGUAACUGCUAACCAAUAGUAAUUUUGUAGUAAAAUCCAGUAAAAGAGCAUUGAUUUUACUCAAUUUAACGUAAACAGGUCGAUUUUUGAUUAGCAGUAACAUUCACAUCAGACGUCUCCUUGUUUUUUUUUUAAAUUUCAAGUGUCAUGCUAUUAAAUAGUUAUUCAAUAGACAUAAAUAUCAAGAACUGAACAGAUAGAUAAAUGGAAAGUCAAAGUACCUGAUCUAUGCUCUAUAUCUUCCUUGCUAUUUAUACAAAACUGUUUUAUAAAGGCCAAGUUUGAAAAUUUAAUUUUUGACAUACCUUUUGAAGUACAGUUCUUCAGAUAGUUCUCAUCAGAAGAAAUUUUUUACUACAUGUCUACGUGGUACUGAUCUGAUUAAAAAAGAGAUUGUAUUUGUAAAUGUUUUAUUUUAUAAUUUAUUCCAUUAAACGUACAACCUAUGUAGUCAGUUGUACUGUCUCAAACUUGAUAUUAGGUAUUUAGCUUAAGUUAGCUCUCUGUAUUCAAACUUUAGUUUAAACAGUUGUUUAAGACGUAAUUUUGAAACAACGAUUCGGUCUAUUCGACGCAAAUGAUUCAACAAAGAACAGUCGAGUUGACUAUAUUCGCAAUAUUACUUAAGAUUUUUUAUAAAUGUAGACUUCUUGAUUUUAUAAAUAAAAUUAUAUAUUAUAUAUUUUA